AUGGCACGCCCCUUCCCGUUGAUGCUGCUGCUGUUACUGGCGGGCUGCACCGCGCGCCCCGCGCCCCCCGCCGGCUCCAGGGGCGUCCCCCCGCCCAGGGCCCCGCGACAUUCGGACGGGACCCUGACGAGCGAGCUGAGCCGCCUGCGGGACCGCGCGCGGCUGCAGCGGCUGCUGCAGGGCUUGCUGGGCAAGCGCAGCCAGCAGGACCCCACGGACGACCCCGCUUCCUGGCCCAGGCCCUGGACGGGCCGGCUCUGUCCGAUGUGGCCGCUCCACCCGCCUGCGAGCCCGGAGGGCCCCGGGCGUCCCCUGCACCCCGCCCUGCCGCGCCCUGGGCAGAGGUGUGGGGUCCAAGCUUCAGAGCCAGUGAAUGAAAAGACCCAAGCCACGCGGUCCCAGGAAUGAUGACCUUGGAGGAGGAAGGACCCCAACCCAACCGGAUACAGGGGGUGGUGGGAAGGGUUGUGUUUGGCAUCAAUAAAGGCACGGCUGAACCCCUGGCCCUGAGCACCUGUGGCUGCGUGUGGGGCAGGCACGGGCCUGCAGGGUAGUGCCCACAAACUGUCCUUUAUCUCUGGGUGGCCAUCGCUGGCUCAUUCUCCAGGUACCCUCCCAUCACCCUCUGAUCACCCAGACCAGCCCCACCCUGGACACCCCAACUCCUGCCCCCAGGGUCAGGAGGCAGUGUGGGCAGAGAGGAGGGGUCACCCAGGUCUGUUUGGGGCUGGCCUGGACCGGCUGGGGUUGCAGGUGGCCAGGGGCACCUUGAGGGCUG